AUGUCACACAUCAAUGAAAACAAUAUUAAAAAUAAUUGUAAUGAUAUAUUAUUUUUUUCAAUAUGGAGAAAUAAAUAUAUAUUAAAAGAAAUACAAAAACAUCACAGGUUAUAUAAUAGUAAUAGAAGAAUAGUUGUUGACAAAUCAAUGGAUCAACUUAGAUAUCAUCCACAUAGAAGAUAUGCAACAAAAAUAACUUUUACAACAAAUGAAACAUUAGAACCACAAGAUAUUCCCUAUGGAACAACUGAAUUAGAGUUUACAGAUUUAUUCAAUAAACCAAUUAUAGCAGGUACUAUUCCUCCAACUAUAACUAUAAUAUAUUUUAGUUACAAGUACAUUCAACAGAUCGAUAUUCAAUCUGCAAUACCACCUAGUGUUAGAGAAUUAGAUUAUUUUAGGUAUGAUAAAACCCUAACACCAAAUAUGCUUCCGCCAUCUAUUAUCAGUUUAAUUAUGAAAUCUUUUAAUCAAGAAAUUAAUAUUGGCGUGUUUCCACAAUCAUUGACUUUUUUGAAUCUAUCUAGAUUCAAUAAAAGCAUUAUACCUGGUUCAUUUGGUUCAGUGGUAAAAUUAAUUCUAGGCUCCUUUAAUCAACCUUUAAAAGCUGGUGACUUACCAAUAACAUGUACAUAUUUAGACCUCAUCUCAUAUAGUAACCCAAUAGGAUCAAAUAUUCUCCCACCUCAAUUGAAAACAUUGAAUCUUGAUAAAUUUAAUCAUCCAAUACCACAUAAUGCACUUCCAGAAUCAAUCACAGAGCUAUAUAUGUAUAAAUUUAAUAAACCACUAUCAAACUGCCUAUCAUCACUACAAUCAUUAAAAUCACUUAAAAUGCCUUUUUAUAAUCAAGAGAUAUCAAUUGGAGAUUUACCCAGCUCUAUUGAAACAUUAGAACUACAAAAUUUUAAUAAAAUUUUAAAACCUAAUGUACUUCCAUCAUCAGUAACUAAACUCGUUAUAAAGUGUUAUAAUCAUCCAUUAGAACUACAAGUAAUACCACCGAAUAUGAAAUUUUUAAAUCUAUCCUCGUAUAACAAAACACUGGGUAAACACAUACUCCCAAAUACUUUAGAGGUAUUAUUAAUUAAUAAUCAAAGUAGUUUAUCAGAAAAUGAUUUACCAUCAUCAAUUACUAAUCUUUGUUUUGGUGAUUUCGGGCCUUGUUCUAGUUCACUCCCAAUUAAUUCAAUUCCACCAUCAGUUAAAAUUUUAACACUGCCCUAUUACUAUAAACAACCUCUUCAAAUUGGUUUAAUUCCCAAAUCAGUUAAAGAUUUAACUUUACCUCACGACUAUGAUCAUCCCAUUCAAGUAGGUCUAUUACCAGAAUCUCUUUUAAGAUUGAAAUUUGGUCAUCAAUUUAACCAACCUCUAGAUCCAAAUACUAUACCACAAUCAGUUAACUAUAUUAUAUUAUAUAAAUCCUAUCAACACCAAAUACCAGGGUCUUUAUCCAGCAGGUUAACUAUUUAUAAAGUUUAA